AUGUCCGUGAAUUACGCACGCUUCAGCUACUACCUCUACGACGAGACCGUCGGCAAGUGCGUCCCUCGGGAAUUUUACGUACCUCUGCCGAAGGCCUCGGAGCAGAACUUCGGACCUGUCCCCGAGCACGAGGCCGGCAUGCCGUGGAAGAUGAAGGUGGCCCCCGAUGGCGCGCGCUACUGCGAAGAGCUCGACGCGUACGUGCCCGCCCAUCUCACCUACACCAUCCGCGGCAUCAAGCAGACCAAGGCACCCCUCAAGGACCGUAUGCGUUCGCGUCGCUUCUGGCGCGUGGACGGCAAGGACGCCGAGGUGGACCGGACCGUCUGCGCGAUCGGCCUCACGCACGGCAAGAUGACUCUUGUCUCGCUGAAGGAUGCGCAGAGCGACGAGGCCAUCAGGCAGGCGGGUGCGGCGCCGUUCGCGUCGUCUGGAAAGAGCGGAUGGGGGGCCGACGACGCUGGCUGCUGGUGA